GCGGCUGCCAAGGGCUGUUGAGAUAUCUGAUCCUGUUUGUAUGGGUUUAUAUUCUGAACUGACUCUGAGGUGGCCAUACUUGUCACUUCCAGGAAUAUUCUGGAGCAGGUCCAGAUUAGAGUAAUUUGAACCAGGAUUUAGCCUUGACAAUGAGAGAGGGCCCUGCAGUACCAAGAGCUGGAAAUCUCCAGCCAUGAGUCUGUCUGUAUCCUUUUGCUGACAUCAGAAAUGACUCUAUGCUCAGACUACACAGCACAAUGAGACAAACCAUUGGACACAGACAUGGGCUGUGACCCAAGAACCCCUUAAUGCCAUCUGGCAAGGCAGUUAUAGGAAUCUCAUGAGCUUGGUGUGUACAUUCUAGUUUACCAAAGAAUGUCAUGUGAGGUCUCAAACGAAAGGGGGAGGAUCACAUUGGUUAGUAAUUUCAUUGUAAAAGAUAUAUACACAUACAAUGUAAGAAGUUAUGUAUAUAUACUGAAAAUAUGCAUCAAGGUAUCAGUCACCAGACAAAGUAUAAAACAUAUUUCUAUCACACAAGAGAUGUUUAUGCAUCUGUCUCUUUGACAGGAUGUAAGUUAAGCACUGUAAACUAACACAAUGAAUGCCUAUUUAUGUAUCAAAUCAACAAAGAGAUGUGACGUCAACAGGGAGGCAGCACACAGGAAAAAACAAGCCAAGUGUAGUUAUCCUGGCUGUGUGCAAAGACAAUGAACUUUGGGGAGGAAUAUGUAGAAGGCAAAGAAGAGGCCCUCCUCUCAUCCUGCAGGUAGGAGGAAGAGUCAGUGGAGCCCCAGCCUAGUGUUUCCGUGAGUUAAGGGCUGGGAACAGGAAAUUAAUAGUCAGGGCUAUUAAUACUGCCUUCCCCAGGCAGCUCUGAACAGAGCAGCACCUCACAGGCUCCCUUCACAGCAUGGAGAUCUCCUGGUGUGCAUUUCUAUCAUACAGGCUUGUACUGUGGUGUAGUCUCUGGGGACUCUGCUUGGCAAGUCCGGACUAUGAUGAUUACUCCCAGAACAGCACCAACGAGCAAGUGGUUACAUCAGCAAACACUCUGUGUCCCCGGGCCAUCCCAGGAGAGAAGGUGACUCGUGGCAACAUCACCUACCUGUCCAUCCAUGAGGACUCCCGCUCUCAGCUGAGCAGUGCUGUGACAGUGUGGCUCAUCCCCUGCCUCUACACUGCUGUCUUCCUGGUGGGGCUGCCAGCCAAUGGGCUGGCCCUCUGGGUUCUAGCAACUAGGAUUGAGAAGCUGACCUCCACCAUCUUCCUGAUGAACCUGGCUGCAGCUGACCUGCUCCUGGUGCUGGUGCUACCUUUUAAGAUCUCCUAUUACUUCCUGGGGAACCAUUGGCCCUUUGGGGAGGGCCUGUGCCGGCUCACCACUGCCACCUUCUAUGGGAACAUGUACUGUUCUGUGCUACUGCUCAUGUGCAUCAGUGUUGACCGGUACUUGGCUGCAGUGCACCCUUUCUUCUCCCGCUCCUUCCGCAGCCCAGGCUUUGCCGCCUGCACCUGCCUCAGUGUCUGGCUCAUCACUGCUAUCUUCACCUUGCCCUUGACCCUCUUGCAGCAGUCCUACCCCCUGGAUAAGGCAAACAUCACUCUCUGUCAUGAUGUUCUCCCCAGGCAUGAGGAUGCUGAGUACUACUACUACUACUUUGUGUGCUUGAUCGUCUGCGGCUUCCUUGUCCCCUUAGUGGUGAUGCUGUUUAGCCACUGCUCGGUGCUGUGGAUCCUGCUGGGCAGUGGAGAGAGGUACGCAUAUGCCAUGAAGCUCACGGUCCUUGUGCUGAUCACAGUCGUGGUGUUCUACACACCCAGCAACAUCCUUCUCCUUGUCCACUAUUCCAGCAACUGCUCCAAGCUCUAUGGGGACUUGUACAUCAGCUACAUGGUGAGCCUGGCCCUCAGCAGCUUCAACAGCUGUGUUGACCCCUUCGUAUACUACUAUGUCUCUGAGGACUUCAGAAACAAGGUGAGGCGGAGAAUUUUCAGCCGCAGCAAGCAAACCAUCACAUCGCUGAAAACCUCUAAAGAGACUCUCCCUCAGAAGAGCUCCCACUCACAGUCCCUGGUGUGAGGUGCUGGCACCCUUCAUUCCCAUGCCAUCUGCUCACUCCAGGGCUGAGGUUCAGACACAGAUUUAGAGCUCUGAGGUAUAGUCUAGGUAGGAAGCUAAUGCAGGCAGGGAGGUGAAGGAGACAGAUUCUUAAGACUGAAUUCAUCAGGGCCUUAUGAACUCCUAAGAGGCUUGGAGCCCAAAUUUUGAUGGUGACCACUGUAUGAAUACUAACCUGUAACAGGGACAGCACAUAUGACUUCCCAUACAGCUGCUCUGCCCCCUUACUAUGCUCACUGGGUGUUACAGGCAGGCUGUAUAGUCGACUCUACAUAUAAUAGCAGAGAUUGCUGGGGGAAGGAACAUAGAGCAUUUGAGGGAAAAGUGGAAGCUUGGGAAUGCAUUUGCCCAGUAUUAAAACCUGCCUGAGCAAACUGACGGAGGAGGGCAACUUACAGCCACCCACACACUAGUCUCAGCCUCUGAGCUCACACGUCUUGUGCACAGAGCCAUUUGGCUGGCGUGUCAGGUAAUUGCUCUGCACACAGCAUGUGUCCAUACGCAGGCAAAGUUAGAAUCUUCUUACCUGACUUGGUAAACUCUCAUUCAUGGAAAUGCCAGAGUCUCCUGUUCCUAGCAAGGUCAAUUUUAUCCCUAUUUCAGCAAAAAGAAGUACAUUUAGGGGAAGUAGAGAAAGAGUUUUAGAGUUUAUAAAGUGAGAGAGAAAGUGGGAGUCAGGACUCCUGGAUUCUAUUCCAUCCUCUCUCUCUUCCACUGAUAUGCUCUGUGCCCUCGAAUAAGUAAUUUACUCUCCUUGCACCUCAGUAUCCCUAGCUGUAAAACGGAGAGGAUACUUAUAAGGAUAAAUUAAUUAAUGUUUGUAAAACGCAGUGAGAUCCUCACGUGAGAUGCAUUGUUUCAUGCUAAUUAUUCUAUGUGAAUGAGGUGAAAUGUCAGCUUCUCUGAUAAGGUGCUUCUCACUUUGCAAAUCCUCAGCCCAUUGCUGGUAAGAAAUGUACAAACAAUAUCCACCCAUUCCCUUUACGCAAAAUGCUCUGCUGUUCUGCACUUGUUAUUUCUUUGAAGUGAACUGCCUCUCUUUAGUAUGUUAUGAAGGGAGCCCAGCUUGUGCCCAGGAAAAAGGAUUUUCAUGUCUCUUCAAGACAGGAUAUUAAUGAAGCAUUGAAAACUCCUACGCUGGAAUCCCACACUUUUGUGUAACCUCUGUUGAGACCCAACCUCCCCACCACACCCACUAAAAUAGCUGACCAUGCCUGCAGCUGGAUUCAGGAAUGUGUUGCAAAUGUGACAAGUUACAGCCACUGUAUCCCUCAAAACAAAAUUGAAGGUACCUCCUGGCAAACAAUGAAGCAGAAAUGGAUGGGACACCAGAAACUCCUUAGAACUGUUAAUACUUUGAUUCUGCUGAUUCGUGUAUUACUGUUGCCCUCUCAGUGCUGUGCAACAGUAUAACUGGUAGGUUAGAGAAAGCUUAGAGCCACAGCCCUGCAGUAUGCUCCCCCUGUAGUAUUACGAGGCAGAUGUUAGUAGAGAGGAGAGGAAGACAGAAUUGUUUUAGAAAUCAGUUUUUAAUAAAAUAUUCAUCAGUGUCUAAAACAACCCCUUUUCUGGACUCAUACUAACAUUUGUGCGAAGAAAACAAAAAUGUUCACAAAGCUGGGUUUUGUGGGGUUUUUUUAAAUAUUCUUGGUGAAAAACUAGAGCCUAUUUCCUAUAGGUGCAAUACUCUGAAUGCUGAGAAAAUACCAGCUGCUGAACGCAGGAGAGAUAUGAUGGAGUUAGGCCAAGAACCAGGGCCAUCGUCACUCCACCAGAAAUAGCACACAUGAGAAAACAAAACUGAGCAGAAGGGGUUUUUUUUAACAUUAAAUUGACAGAGAUGUAUUUCUAAAUUGACAAUCUACUCACAAUAAUGAAACCCAGAUUAUUGCGCAUUAAAGAAUCAAUGUCAGCAAAGCAAGUGCUGUUGUUUUCAACUCAAUUUUUAAGUUGGUUGAAUCUUUUUCUAUUUGUUGUCUAUUGAGGCUGAUCAAGAAGGGGGAAAGGAGGAAUGUGUGGACAAGAAAGAACAAAAUAAUUUUUGCUUUAAAAUAAAUACCAUGGUAAUGAUUGCUCCUGAUAAUAUUCAUGUACAGUUACAGAUAUAAAUACUAAUUUCAAUGGAGGGAUUACAAGCAAAAUCACCGAUAACUAGAGAGAGCUAUCAAGUCUAAUUAGCAAAGUACCUUGGUAUAAACAGGCGCUUCUGUAUCUCACAGACUCACUGGAGUUUCUCUCCCCUUCAUGUUGAAUCAUUGUCAGAGGAAAGGAGAAGACUGUCUCUAAGCAUGUGAGAGAAAUGGUUCCAAAUUGGCAAAAAUCCCAAAGCCCAAAAGAAACCCCACUGCUUGUCUGCCCUCUUUCAUUCUCAGCCACCCACCCUGUUUUUUUGCUGGGCUAAAAAUCGCUCUCUUCUCCCCCAAAUAGCAUUGAGGAGUUGAUCCUGACAAUGCAGAUGGUGUGGACCCUCAGUGCUCUGUCCUCUUAGCUCUCUCAGAGACAGGUGUGUGACCAAGAAGCCACAGAGUCGACACUGGGUAUAAGCCUGUGAAUGAAGAGUGUGAAGCCCCUACCCUGGGCUCGGUGGCUUACAUGGGACAUAUUCCCAGAUGGAACAUGUACUGGAACCAGCUCUUUGAUGAGGGAGGGAAAGACAAGAAUUUAAUUUGCCUUGAUAAGAGAAUUAAGAUAACAGAAAAUGGGGACAGUGAGUCUGGGAAAGGGAGAAUGCAAGUGUGCACAAUAGCUGGGCCUUCAACUGGGGCAAACAUGGACUCCAAUCAUAAAAUUACUCCCAGCAGCACCUACCUGUGGGUAUAAGGCCUUCCUGCCUCAUCAUUGCUGGGGGGUGGGGUGGGGUGUAGAAGUAGCAGCUGCUUUUCUGUAUUUGUAUGUUUCUUUCCUUGGUUCCUGAAAUAAACAGCCUGUUUAACUGC